GGGCUGAUUGGCUGGGGCAGGGAGGGCAGGGUACAUAAAAAGCAGCUGUGGACCAUCUGGGAAGGUCAGCCUCAUCAUCCAGCUAUAGUCAGAGCCCUGGGCUUCCCUGACAUCUUCACCAUGAGUGGGUGCCCCUUUGUAGGAAACAACUUUGGAUAUGCUUUUAAACCACUCUCUGCACAAGACAAUGAAGAAGACAAAUCACAGGCCGGUGUGAAUAGAGCCCGGAAAGGAGGACUUAUCUAUGGAAACUACCUGCAAUUGGAAAAAGUUUUGAAUGCACAGGAGCUUCAAAGUGAAAUAAAAGGAAAUAAAAUCCACGAUGAACAUCUUUUUAUCAUAACUCAUCAAGCUUAUGAACUCUGGUUUAAGCAGAUCCUGUGGGAAUUAGACUCUGUUCGUGAGAUCUUUCAGAAUGGCCAUGUCAGGGAUGAGAGGAACAUGCUGAAGGUGGUCACCCGAAUGCAUCGAGUGGUGGUGAUCCUAAAACUCUUGGUCCAGCAGUUUUCCGUCCUGGAGACCAUGACAGCCUUGGACUUCAAUGACUUCAGAGAGUACUUAUCCCCGGCGUCCGGCUUCCAGAGUCUGCAGUUCCGCCUGUUAGAAAACAAGAUAGGGGUUCUGCAGAGCUUGAGGGUCCCUUACAACAGAAGACACUACCGCGACAACUUCGGAGGGAAGGACAACGAGCUUCUGCUGAAGUCGGAGCAGGAAAGGACGCUUCUGCAGCUGGUGGAGGCAUGGCUGGAAAGAACCCCAGGUUUAGAGCCGCAUGGAUUUAACUUCUGGGGAGAGCUUGAAAAGAACAUUGUCAAAGGUUUGGAAGAAGAAUUCACGAAGAUUCAGGCUAAGGAAGAGUCAGAGGAAAAGGAGGAACAAAUGGCUGAAUAUCAGAAGCAGAAAGAGGUAUUACUGUCCUUAUUUGAUGAGAAACGUCAUGAGCAUCUCCUUAGUAAAGGAGAAAGACGGCUAUCAUACAAAGCACUUCAGGGGGCCUUGAUGAUAUAUUUUUACAGGGAAGAGCCCAGGUUCCAGGUCCCUUUCCAGCUCCUGACUUUCCUCAUGGAUGUGGACUCACUCAUGACCAAGUGGAGAUAUAACCACGUGUGCAUGGUGCACAGGAUGCUCGGCAGCAAGGCGGGCACCGGCGGGUCCUCUGGGUACCAGUACCUGCGCUCCACCGUGAGAUGGGAGCUAACAGUUACAGAACCACCCCUUUGAAUUGUAUCUUGAAAAACUGGGAUAAAUUUGAUUCCUGGAGACUAAAAAUCCCUUAUACACAGGGUUUCUUUGUUUUAAGGAAGACCUCACCUCCCCGGAGAGACACUUUCUGCCUGGACAACAUCUUAUCAGUCAAGUCUACCCCUGUCAUCAGAGCCAACUAGAACACUCUCUGGUUUAAAGUUUAGCUAUGAAACUAUGACUACAAAAAGGAGAGAUGACAUUUUUGACACUGAAUGGCCAUGAUAUUCUUUAGACCCCAGAGAAAACUGGUUAAAAUGAAAUCUUUUGAAAUUACAGAACUGAUUCUUAAGAAAAAGCUGGCUUGUUAAAAUACUUUUUUUGGAGGUCUGAUCCUGCCUGAGAAACAAAUCAUGCCUGGGAGAAAACCUGAAGUUAACUCUUAUCAUGUCCUUGAGAUACACAGCCCACUCUGUCUGGGACUCUAGCCAUAAGCAAAUUGGUAGAACUUCAGGCCAAGGAAAAAAAGGCAAAGAGACAUUUUAAAUUUUAAGUGGAAAACUGUGAGGUUUCUGUCUGUCCAGAUUUAUGUGUGUCUCAGU